AUGGAGCUCUUUCCAGAAUCCGAUAGCUCUUCAGGACCCGAGAUUCUUGUGUCAACACUUCUGUCAGAUGAACGACGCCUUAAGGUUGGACAGCAGCUGGACCAAGUCGAAUUCCUCGUACCAUUUGCUUCCAUCGUCUUAAAAGAACCGCUUGCAUUCGAAUUUGGUCUUGAACAUCCCUUAGCAUCCAAUGUGCUCAGUUCCGAUCGAGCACUGUGCAUCGCAUUCUGUUUCACACACGAACUUGCGCUCUCGUGUCCCGAACCGACAUCUCCAAAGGACGCAAAACCGCUAUCUGACGAAGAUGAAUUAAUUCUGAGUGGUACGGACACGCCAGCUUCAGCUGACCUGGACCGUGAGCGCACUUGA